AUGUCGACACUCUGGCCUCCCUCAGGUGCAAACGAAUUUGGCAUCGCAACCUUAUCCCUCGGCAACUGGAGAGAACAUCGACUCGCACCUCGAUUGGAAGCAGCAGCCAAAGAUGGCUACCAGUGGAUCGAUUUAUUUGACGAAUGCUGGGCCGCAUACCUGGUUGAACACGGCUUACCAGGAGACCAGCUAUGGGAACCCACACCUGAGAACUUGAACGUGGCCCGCAAGCUUGGCAAUCUGGUAAAGUCUCUCGGCAUGCGCAUCGCCUGCACACAGCCACUCCGAACAAUAGAGGGAAUCAAAGAUCCAGUUGAGCGUCGCGCAACGCUAGACCUGGUCGCAAAACGCUUUCCAUUUAUGCGUGCUUUUGAUACCGACCUUGUGUUCAUGUGCGCCAAUAUUCGCACUGAUGGCGGUGUCACACCCGACCUGAAGACUGUUGCACGCGAUCUGGCAGAGCUUGGUGAUAUGGCGGCAGCAUAUUCAAAGGCUGAUGGUGGCCCUAUGCUCAGAAUCGGAUAUGAGGGAUUGUCAUGGGCAACAAGAAACACCUGGUCGGCAUCCUGGGAGGUGGUGCGAUUCGCCAACCGUUCUAACGUCGGUUUGAUCGUUGAUGCAUUCAAUAUUUUGGCUGUCGAAUUCGCGGAUCCCUAUAACCCUGAAGGCCAUGGUCGCAUCUACUCUACACUCGAAGAAUCUAUUCAGAUUCUCACCGACUCGAUGACAUCUUUGGCGACUACCGUGCCUGGAGACCGAAUCUUCUUCUUCCAGUGUGGGGAUGCAGAAUUGGUGAAUCCAGCAUCAUUUUUCCCUCCCUCCGAUCCCAGCACUCCUGCUCUUCUGCCAUGGUCCAGGAAUCAUCGUCUUUACCCCCUAGAGCAAUCGCACGGUAGCUAUAUGCCGGUUGAACUCGUUGGAGCUGCGGUCUUGGCAGCAGGCUAUAAGGGACCAGUAUCGCUUGAGGUAUUCAAUGAAUCAUUGAAUCAACCUGGAGAUGAUGUUCCAACAAUUCACUCUGCUAGAGGAAUGAAUGGACUCCGCACGCUCAUUGAGACCAUAAAGUGUUUACCUCCUUUCUGGAAAAGUCAACCAGAUGCUCAACAAGCCAUGGUCCAGGUUAUGGAACGCUUACGGAGCCAAAAGCGAUCUUUGGAGAAGUUAUAA